AUGACCACCACAAACAGUGGAAAGGGGCUGGAAGGACAAGCCGACCCUUUUGUAACCAAGGAUGAGGAGCCAGGCACUUACAGGCCUUACGACCUCGGCCAGGAAAUGGGAGUGUGGGUGAACAACUCUGAUGGUGUGACUCCUGCUCUUGGGCGGAUCUGGCCUCCUGGAUAUUCCGUGUUUCCUGACUUCACCAACCCCAGGGCAGUGGAAUGGUGGACCACGUUGUGUCUGGAGUUUAAGGAUGUCCUUGACUACGAUGGCAUCUGGAUUGAUAUGAAUGAGCCAGCCAAUUUCAUGAGAGGCCAGCUACCUGGAUGUGCAGAUACUGAAAUCAAUAACCCUCCUUACACUCCUAGAAGUGUGAUUAUGCAGGCAGAUCGCUUGUUCGUGGAGAAAUACUUACAAAAUGUUGUCCAGCAGGCUACUGGCAAGCGGGCAUUUGUCUUGGCUCGGUCCACGUUCGUUGGCAGUGGGAAGCACGGUGGUCACUGGCUUGGUGACAACUUUUCUCUGUGGAAGGACUUGCACCGCUCAAUCAUUGGAAUCCUGGAAUUCAACCUCUUUGGCAUUCCCUAUAUUGGUGCUGAUAUCUGUGGUUUUAACUACAACACUACCUAUGAACUCUGCCUGCGCUGGAUGCAGCUUGGCUCUUUCUAUCCAUUUUCCAGAAAUCACAACUCAGAAGGAAACAUAGUAACUCCUGAUUAUCACGAGGCCCUUUGUUUUAUCUGGCGCCCGAACAGGGACCCAGAAGACUCUGAUGAGUUCCCAAAUUGUACCUAUGGCGAUGGGGAACUUUCUCGGAAUCGCGUGAAAAGAUGCGACAGGAGACACAGAUCCCAAAUCACUAUUAUUGCGACGGGAAUCGGAAUGCCGGAGCAUUUAAGAUUCCAAACUCCAAAUCGUGCAGGUCGCAAUGGGAGAAAGGUUUCCAGAUCACUUGCUUUGAAUCAGGAAACACCAGAGCACACCAUGGAAAACUCCGCAAUUCACACAUAG